ACCUGCUGACUACUGACCUGCUGUGCCAGCUCAGCACCUCGUGACAGUAGUAAAAGAGACAUUCCUGUCACAUGUGAUCUAGGCUCUUUGUUCUAAGAUGGUAUGUAACCUCUCUGUCCACCCCACUUCUUGGGUGUGCUUCAUUCCUUGGAGAAGAAAGGCCCCCAGGCCAUAGGCCUCAGCUCUGGUUCAUAAUAAACUCACCCCAAAUUUUGAUUUAUAGAUUGAUUACGAAUUAUUUGCAUCCAUACAGGGGAGGGUGAAAGCGCACACUGGCUCAGAGCAGGAUGAUUUUUUGGGAUAAGAAUUUGUAUUUUCUUCUUUGUAUGGUUUUUUCCCCUCCAUUUUCCAAGAAAGGAGCUAGCCUCCUUAAGUUUAUAGAGACCAAAAGCAGAAGCUGCUUAAAGACGUCUCUCCCUGCUUGUUCAACGUCUGCCUUCAGGGAAAGUCAAAACUCACUGACGAGAUUAUUUGAGGUCUGCAGAGUGGUGGAGACGAGAUCUCCAACCGUAAGAAAAAUACCACAGAACAUUCGGAAGUUGUCUAGCUUCAUCCUUUCUCUGUUGCUCUGCAUCUCUUUGCAAGAGAGUAAAUUAAUAAGUCAGGAGUUAGGACCCAGAGAUAUUUCUUGGACUUACACGAUCUGACAGCUGACUGGAAAUCAAUGAAGUGUACUUGAAGCAGCACCGCACUCGGGCGAGAUGGUCUGAGACGGUUUUCUCCCACUUCAGGUGCCUACGUUCCCCUUGCCUUCUACUUCGGACUUUGAAACACUGCAUAUUCUUUUCAAAGCCCCCCUUUCCAAUGGAAAGACUCCGUUGUUAGAAGAAGGAAGAAACCGUCUCUCUAAAACUGACAUCAUGACGCUGGCAGACUUCAUCCUGGUGCUCAUUGUCCUUGGUGCCACCCCCCCAGGUUCCUCCAUGAUGGUUAAAGCCACUGCGGGAUUCAGUUCAAUAGCUGAAAAUGAAGAUGCCCUCCUCAGAGAUUUAUUCCAAGGUUAUCAGAAAUGGGUUCGCCCUGUAUUAAAUGCUAAUGACACCAUAAAAGUAUACUUUGGAUUGAAAAUAUCUCAGCUCGUAGAUGUGGAUGAAAAGAAUCAGCUGAUGACAACAAAUGUGUGGCUCAAGCAGGAAUGGACAGACUACAAAUUACGCUGGAAUCCUGAUGAAUAUGGGGGAAUUCAUUCAAUUAAAGUCCCAUCAGAAUCUCUCUGGCUUCCUGACAUAGUUCUCUUUGAAAAUGCUGACGGCCGUUUCGAAGGCUCCCUCAUGACCAAAGUCAUAGUAAAAUCUAACGGAACCGUCAUUUGGACCCCUCCCGCCAGCUAUAAAAGUUCCUGCACCAUGGACGUCACGUUUUUCCCGUUUGACCGGCAGAACUGCUCCAUGAAGUUUGGAUCCUGGACUUACGAUGGUACCAUGGUUGACCUCAUUUUGAUGGAUGGGAAUGUUGACAGAGAAGACUUCUUUGAUAAUGGAGAGUGGGAAAUCCUAAGUGCAAAGGGGGUGAAGGGCAGCAGAAGAGACGGUGUGUAUUCGUACCCAUUUGUCACGUGCUCCUUCGUCCUGCGGCGCCUGCCUCUGUUUUACACACUCUUCCUUAUCAUCCCCUGCCUGGGGCUGUCUUUUCUGACAGUUCUCGUGUUCUACUUACCUUCCGAUGAAGGAGAAAAACUUUCCUUGUCAACGUCCGUUUUGGUUUCCCUGACAGUUUUCCUCCUGGUCAUUGAGGAAAUAAUUCCCUCCUCCUCCAAGAUCAUUCCUCUCAUUGGCGAGUACCUGCUGUUCAUCAUGAUUUUCGUCACUCUGUCAAUCAUUGUUACCGUGUUUGUCAUUAACGUUCACCACAGAUCUUCCUCAACCUACCAUCCCAUGGCCCCCUGGGUUAAGAGGCUGUUUCUGCAAAAACUUCCUAAAUUACUUUGCAUGAAGGACCACGUGGAUCGCUACUCUUUUCCAGAUAAAGAUGAGAGUAAACCAGCAGGGAAAGGUAAAGUCUUCGAAAAAAAGAAACAAAAACACAUGAGUGAUGAAGAAAAAGUCCUGGUUGCUUUCCUGGAAAAGGCUGCUGAUUCCAUUAGAUACAUUUCAAGGCAUGUAAAGAAAGAGCAUUUUAUCAGCCAGGUGGUACAAGACUGGAAAUUCGUAGCUCAAGUUCUCGACCGAAUCUUCCUGUGGCUCUUUCUGAUUGUGUCCGUUACAGGCUCGGUUCUGAUUUUCACCCCUGCGUUGAAGAUGUGGCUGCACAGUUACCACUAGGAACCAGUCUCCAGACCAAUCUAAAGUAUUACCAUAAACAUGAAAGUGCACCUUACAACUGGCAUCCAGCUGGCAUGUAUGCACAGCAUCCACACGCACGCGCUCCUUCACAGCGUCCUGAUGGUGUUGUCCUUAGAGAGACAGCUUCGUGACGUUCAUUUGCCGCAGCCGAUUCCUGGUCGCCAUCACAGUGGCACGCAAGCAGGACCUGCUCAGGCCUCUGCCGUGGCUCCCCACACGUGCAGGGAGGAGUCAGCCGAGGUCCAGGCCCGAGGCUACCGGCCAGGACACACUAGAAAUUGUUGCUGGUUGGUGAACCAAUGCCCUCAGAAUCUGGAAAGAGGCCUCACUAAGGAGGCCCACCAAAUUUCCAGGUGGUCCCCGGGUCAAGCUGUUUGUGUGAGCAGGACCUGGAUUUCUUGCAUUUACUGUGUCAUUGCUGGUUUCGCCUGAGUUGCAAACUGGGCUUGUAUGUAGCGCUUCUGUAGCAGGGUGGGCGAACACAUCUCAGCAACCAUCUGGGGAAUCCCACUGGCACAGCAGCACCUAGCACGGCACCCUUGUUAUGACGAAGGUUCCAAGAUGCCUGGUCACUGAAGUCCCCAAAUAGGGCCUUUGUUAAAAUGAUGUGGCUUGAAUGUGGUAGGCCUGUCAGGCGGGCGUUCUUCAUGGCUUAUUCAGAGCCUUAUAAAGGAUUUCAGAUGGUGAAACCAGAUCCUGCGGGGAGUUGUGACUUGCUGUAAGGUCACUCGAAAGAACUUGCAAUAGAAACAAAGUCAUCUGCUACCAGAAGUGCGGUCGGUAAAUUCCAUUGUCUUCUCUGAGAAAGUUGAAACACUGAACAUUCUCUGAUAAUGGUUUUUUUAUGUUCCUGCGCCUAAUCUAAUCAAUUUCAACAGUACCCUCUAGGCUUUCCAUUCUGUUUCUUUUUCUUUUUUGGGAGAGGGAGGGUGGCAGUGAGAACAUUGAAGUUCUGCUCUCCUAGGAAAUUUCAGUUGUACAAUACAGUGUCAUCUGCUGUACUCACCAAGUUAUACGUUACAGCCUCAGACCUUGUGCAUCUUACAGCUGAAAGGUGAUACCCUUUCACCAACCCCUCCUGCUUCCGCACUGCGGCCCUGGCAACCACCUUUCUACUGUUUCUAUGAGUUUAACUUUCUUUUUUUUAGAUUUCGAUUAUAAGUGAUAACGUGAGG